CGCCGCGCCUCUCGCUGCCCCCGGCCCCGCUCGGCAGCGCCGCGGCCGGGCACCGCGCAGGAGCCGCCGGGCACCGCGGGGCAGGAAGUGACGUCACUCGCGCUGCGACUCGCGCCGGAGCAGACCCCGCCCCCGCCAGCAGAGCCCGCGCUGAGGGAGGCGCUGCCCGCCGCUGCCGCGCUGCGGAGCUGCCCGUGCGCUCGGCUUCCCGCCCCUCUGCUGGUUCGCUCCGUAGACAGCCGUACCGGACCGCUGCCCGGGGCCCCGACCCCCCGUCCCUGCCCCGGGGGCCCUCCGAUCCCCCGAUGCCCAGCCCCGGGACCCCCGAUCCCCCGGCCCUGCCCGGGGCCUGCCGCAGCCCGCCGCGUGCCUCCCGCCAUCUCUUCCCUGAGGCGGGACCGUGCCGCGGGAUGAAGAGGUUUUUCGGGUUCGGGAGGAAGAAGAGAGCGGCCGGCAGCUCCGCCAAGCCCUUCCCCACCGGUGCCUACGAGCUCCGGCUGCAGGAGCUGGGCAAGCUGCACCGUGCGGCCGCCCGUGGCGACCUGGGUCAGGUGCGGCAGAGACUGAAGAAAUGCGGCAUCGACGAGCGGGACGCGGCGGAGCGGACACCGCUGCAUCUUGCUUCUGCGAAUGGCCAUGUGAAUGUUGUUACAUAUCUCGUAGAAAACAAGUGUAAACUAAAUCUUACUGACAGUGAUAACAGAUCGCCACUGAUGAAGGCAGUACAGUGCCAGCAAGAAGAAUGUGUAGCUGUUCUGCUAGAGCACGGUGCCAACCCCCGUCUGGCGGAUGCUGACGGCAACACUGCCCUUCACCUUGCUGUCCGAUCUCCUAAUACAACUGUAGCGGGGCUGUUACUUGAGCAUAAUGCCAAUAUUGAUGCUCGGAAUAAGGAGGGAAACACUCCGCUUAUUCUUGCUAUCUCUGAACAUCAUGAAGAUAUAGCAGAGUUUCUUCUGCAGAAAGGAGCUGAUGUGAUGCAUGCUCGAGAUCACUGUGAAAGAACCCCACUUAUGACUGCAGCAUCUGGUGGACAGCUUAAUUUAAUAAAAGUUCUUCUUCGAUAUGGUGCUGAUCUUUUCCAUAAAGACACUAACGGAUGGACAGCUGAGGAUUAUGCUGUUACUCAUGGAUAUUCUAGUCUUUGUAAACAACUGGUGGCAUACGCAUUCCGGGGAGACAGAGACGAGGGUGGUGCACAAGGCGACACAGUACCUGGCAUUCCUCACCGGGCCGGAGCUGCUGGCUUGACGUUGGGUGCACCUGCUGUGGACAGAGGAGCAAUAGAUGACUUGUCGCAAGGAGACUCAAUCGGCUUGGAGAAAGAGGGGAGCGAUGUCAGUUGGCGUGCUUCUGAGGAAGAGCUCGAUUUUUCUCCCAAGGAAAAAACCCAAGGCUUGAAAGUAAAGACCAAACUCUGUGAAAAAUCACCUGAACAGGAGGAAGAGGAGAAGGAGCAGGAAAAGGAAGACACUGGUGAAGAGCUACAAACUGCAGUUGUUGAGGGUGUGAAAAACUCUAUUUGUAAUGAUAGCCAUCAAGUCCACAGUGCUUCCAAAGACAACACUGGUGAGAGAAAUGCCCUGACUGCAGUGGGAGCAGAGGAAAAGGAAGAUGCUGAAUCUCCCUGGGAUUCUGAGACGGAUUCUGAAAGUCCGGAAGAAGGAUCACCUGGUGUGUUGCUUCCAGCUGCAGACAGACACGGAGCACGCUCGCGGAUUGUUUCAGGGGAGCGCCAGACUGGCUUUUUGGAGAAACCCAACAAUUCCCAGCUGAAGACCCCUGAAUCUGUUUUGGAAAGGAAUGAAACCUCUCCUAACAAAAAGCAACAGAAAUCAGUUCUGUUGGAGGAAUUUGGCUUAGGAGAUGCAGAAGAUGUUGAAGGUGAGAACUUGGGGUCUACCUUUCAUAUGUCAUCAUCAGCUGAAAAAGACGACGUGAAGGAUGCCAUUGAAUAUUAUGGGGUGCAGGAUAAAUGUAUUUUAGAAACUAUCAACUUGAUAGAAAAAACAGCACAUGAAAAUCACACUGAUAAGGCAGAAAUUUCACAUCAGAAAUCCACAGCAGAAAAUGAGGAAUUGCACAGUGCUGACAAGCAGCUAAGUCCAAAACCUUGGGAAGAAAGAGAUGCAAGAAUGUGGGUUGAAAAUGAGAAGAGGGAAUUGAAAACAAGUUAAAAUGUUACAGCAGAGCUAAAGCAGCUGCUUGGUGAAAUUAAUGAAACUGGGAAAACUACUUCCCUUGUGGAAGAAAUGUCAGAAGAUGGCUUCAGUGCUGAGCUGAAGAGUUCUCAUGUUGUUUCAUCUCAUGCAAUAGAAUUAAGUAACAGCUUAGAAAGUAAAGGUGGAUUUGGAGACAUUAAACUUAUGCUAGGUGGAAAAGUACCCAAAAUGGAAACGGAUCCAAGUCUUGGUGUCCUUUCUGAUCAAGAUAACUGAAAUGCAAACAUGGAAGAUACCUGGAGUACAGAUGAAGAAGAUUGCACGUAUAAUAUGGAUGAUACGAAGGUGCCUCUAGCAAAUGGAAGUAGUAGAAACGUAGUGGGAGGUCCUGAAUACUCCCUGAGAUACAGCUUAAAACCCAGUCUUUUGGAUGACAUUUCUAAUAUUAUUCCUACAAUAACAGUUUCUCCACGUGGUGAAAAUGCACUUUUUGUAACAGAGAGGGAACUUGGAAAAGACUCUGGAUUUAGUGAUGAUUUUCCCAGGGACUGCUUUAUUGAAAACAAAAUAGGAGAAGCAGAAAUGGAAAGUCUUUUUGCAAAUGCUCAGCAAUCAUACGUCGUGCUGAAAAGGAAUCUUGAUGAAGAACUAAAACAAGAUAGGGGAAGAUUUAAGGGUAAGGUAGGAAUGCUGCAAAUAGUAUUCCUGGCUUUGGAGAAAGAGAAGGUACAGCUGCCAAAAGAAGGUUCACCUGUUGAGAAGGAAAAAAGCAAACGAAGAAUUUCAAAAGUGCAGGCGGUGGCAAAACAGGAAUGUCUUGGUAAAUUAAAUAUACCAUCACACAACAUCACUAAUCGGCAAAUGAAACAAAAGAUUACUGUAAGGAAGAAUGACUGUUUGAAAAUGGAGAAUGAAAACACUAUAGAAGAAAAAGGCAAAAAGAAUUUUUCAUCUGGGGAGAGCUCAAAAUUGAUUAAAAUGCCAAUGAAAGGUAAAAUUGCCCUGAAUGCCAAAGUUGCAAAGAAAAGUAGAAGGCAGCCUUCAAAGCAGAAGGCUCAUCAGCAGAUGAGCUCUUCCAGUGGCAAUCAUGGUCAAGUACUGGAUGAUAGCACUUCCAGUGAAACACCUGAGGACGAAGGAAGACCUGCAGCAACAACUGGGAGUGAAAAGAACAAGGUCAGCAUACCAAUGGAAGUAACUGAUGACCCUGGUUUAACUCACUCAUCUGACCCAACUUCAGAGGAUGUGGAAUUACGAACUUCAACCUACAAGGAGGCUAUGCUGCUGUUAGAACAGCUUCGUGUGGAUCAUACGGGUUCUGCUAUUCUGUUGAAACUGCAAAACAUACUUCUUGAAUAUGAACAGAGAAUAGAACGUGGGACAAAUCGGUAUACAGCUCUCCUGCGCGAAGUAAGGGAAUUGGAAGAUGAAAAGAGGGAGUCACGGUUCAGAGCGGAGAAGACUCAAGAUUUGAAAUCCAUAUUGGCUCACCAAGAAGCAGAAUGGAAAAGUGAUAUCCAAAGCCUUAAAUGUUCUUUGAAACAAGAAGCAAAGAGACUUAGAGUAGAAGUGCUCUGUGAGAAAAUGAGAGAAAAACUCCAAAGGAAAGAAGAUCAGUGUUGAAAAGAAAUGGAGGAGAAACAGAAACUUGAGUUACACUCAAGGAAUUUAGAAAUGGAGAUAAGAACACUGAGAAAGCUCUUGAAACAGGUUGAAGAGGAACAUGAUGAAACACAGACACAGCGCUCUCAGGAAAAGAGUGCCAGAGCCCUUCAAGAAGGAAUUUUGAACAACCACCUUGGGAGACAAAAGGAGCUAGAAGAAGAGACAAGAAGAUCUAUAGGAAAAAAUUCAGAGGAAUCCAACACUGAGAGAGAAAAGGAUAUGUUGUACAAGAAUCAGUUACUACAAGAUGAGAUUGCUGUGCUAAGGCUAGAAAUCAAUCAAGUAAGACUUAGACACCAGGAGGAAGAAGGAAAAUCUUUAGAGGAAAAUGAGACCUUGAAAGAAAAAAAUGAAGCUCUCAAAAAGGAACUUAAACUGAACAAGGAAGCAUUAACACAAACGGUUCUUCAGUACGAUACAGAGCUGGACUUACUAAAGACAGAAUCUGCAGUGCUGACUUCCAAACUUGAGCAGACAAACGAAAGUAAAGACAGACUAGAGACAGAAAUCGAAUCAUUUCAUUCCCACCUGAAUGCUGCUGUUCAAGAACUUGAACGUCAUCGGUCAUCAGAAAAGGAUGCUGAACAAAGAUUUCACAGAGAACGUGAUGAAUGGCAUCGCUUGCAAGACAAGCUCCAUCAUGACCUCUCCGACACGCAAGAAACCAACAAGAGCUUGUCUCUGCAGCUGUGUAAAUCUGAAAGCAAAGCUAAUAGGCUAGAAAAUGAGCUUCACCAGUUGGAGCAAACCCUCAGAGAAAAAACUUUGCUUGUAGAAAUGACACAAAAAGAAUUAAGUCAAGCCCAGCGUCAGGCAAAGGAAUGUGAUCGUGCUCAACAACUUGAGAAAGAUCCAGUAAGCGGACUUGUAAUAAAACAGGAGUCCUUGCAGGAGCGAUUGGCCCAGCUCCAGAGUGAAAACCUUUUACUGCGUCAGCAGCUGGAAGAUACACAGAGCAAGAGGAUCAUGAAAGAAGAAGUAGCGAAUGAUGUGCAGGAUCGGUUUAAUGAUACUCUGAAGAAACUCAGAGCUGAUAGAGAAAAGCAAGUUUAUCUCAUAGAAGAGCAAAACAAGGAUUUAAAUGCCAAGUGUACUGAUUUAAGGGAACAAGUCUUCAAAUAUGAGACUGACAAAGUAGAAAGAGAGUGCGAGAGUGAAAGAAAGGAAGUGAAGAAGCUGGUAGAGUUGAAACACCCAGCUGAACUACGUCUGGACCAAGAAAUGAAAAGAAACCUCGAUCUGCAGAAAGACUGUAAGAGGUUGAAGAGGCUGCUGAGCAGAGCUACGAAGAAACUAAGGGUGUAUGAGGAGAGAGGGGGACUGUCCCAGCUUAAUUUGCAGGGAGAAAUGAAGAACAGGUAUUCUGAAAUGGUCAAUGAAGCUGACAGAUUAAGAACAAAGGUUGAUGAACUUUCCCAGCAGCUGGAGAUAAAGUCUAAAAAAGGCAUGCAGCUAGAAGCACAAAAUCAUGAUUUGUGAGAGGAGUUGUCCACCACGCGUGGGAACCAUGAAAAACUGGAAAAGAGCAAAAGCCAGCUGAAAGAAGAGGUGGCUAAUCUCAAACACCAUAUGGAGACUAACAUGGUGGAUCGCAGCCAAAUAGAACUAUACAAAAGAGAGGUGGAAGAACGAGCUGCACAAGAAAUAAGACAAAAACUACAAGAAGUCAAUCUGAUUUUGCAGUUCUUGGAGGGGGGAAUUCUCUUUUUCUUUGUGGUGGUUGAAAGUGUGUAUCUACUUCGGAUGCAGGCAGCCUCCCAGGACAGAUUAGAACAAAUCAGAGCCAGUCGUCAUGCUUUGCUGACAAGCCAGCUAGAACACAGAAUUGGAGACCUCGAACGUGAAUUAGACAGGAUAAAAAAUACCCAACGAGACAGUAUUUUUCAAAAAGAAUCCGCACAGGCAGAAGUGGAAAAGUACAAAGACCUGUAUCUGGAGGAGGUAAAAAAUGGAAGAUGCCUAGCAAAAAAACUGGAAAGAGCUAGUGAGAGACUAGCAGAAGCCAACGCUAAGCUCCUUCAGGAGUGCCAUAGAAGCAAACCUUUGAUUGCAAGCAGCGCUGUCAGUGGUCCAGUUCUGUAUUCAGCUGAACUGGGACAUAUUAGCAACAAUCCGGCACUGAAUAGAAGUCUAAAUCUAGGAGGAAGCUUCCUAACCCCGACCGGGAAUACGUUACCAUCAAGAAACAGAGUUGAAGCCUAUGUGGCUAAGGUACAGCAGGAACUAGAUGAAAAAAUCGCUAAAGAACUUAAACGAGCCACUGCUGAACUUGAAGCUGGAUCUGCUGGAGCUUCUCCCACGGUAUUUUCUGAUGGAUCUUCAAAAAGUAUCCACGUUGACCAGGAUCCCCUUUGCAGGGCAGUACAGGAGUACCAUGAUGUUUUAACCAAAAAUUACCUGAUUUGAACAAAAUGCUGGGAAAAAAGCUCCGGAAAGGAUUUUGUUUACAUAGUGCGUCUAUAGUUUCUCAUCCCACAGUUCAGAUGUGCAAAUGUGUUUAUUGCAGUCCGAAUGUGAAUUCUAUUAAAUGGAUGUCAAGCACAUUGCACUUGCCUGUUGGCUUAUUGAUGCAUAGGUGUUUUAUUUUGCACUCGCCAUGAGAAGCACACCUAUUUUUGUCUGACUAGCAGAAUGACUCACCUUGAUUCCUGAGCUUGACAGAAUUGUCAAAAUGUUUCUUACUAACGUAGAAGCAUUAUUUUUUCUCCACUGAUGUUCUGUGUUUUAACAAAAGCAUUCCCUUUGUUCUGCUUAAUCCUUUCACCCUGUGUGUUUUUAAUGUUUCCAGUGUUACUUUAAUGCUUAGGACAUCAUUUGAUGUGAUUUGAGCCUGCUGCUUCAGUCCAGAUGCCGUGACUGCUUCUGCCGAUAAAGUGAAAUCUUUACCAGUGGUCAUGCUGGAGGACGGGGCACUUCACAUUGCUGUCACCUUAUGCGCCUUAGGUUUAACAUUACUGUGAGUGUGUAGCAGUGCAGAGAGUUACGUGGUGGGUUUGGUAUGUUUGUUUUGGAUCACAGGACCACGGAACGGGUGAGGUUGGAAGGGACCUCUGGAGGUCAUCCGUUCUAGCUCCCCUGCUCAGGGAAGGCCGCCCAGAGCUGGUUGCCCAGGACCAUGCUGGCUUUUGAGUAUCUCCCAGGAUGGAGCCUCCAUGGGCAGCCUGUGCCAGUGCCCAGUCACCCUGAUCGGAAAGAGGCAUUUCCUGACGUUCAGCCCCAGCCCUCUGUGUUUCCGUUUGUGCCCGUGGCCCCUCACGGUAUUCAUCUUGGCGUUUGUGUUAAAGGCCGCUGCAGCUGUAGACAUUCCCAGUUACUACAUCAGCAGCUGUGCUGUACCUGAAACACUUCAUGUGCGGGAAAAAUGAAUGUUAAAAUACUAACUUCCAGUCUCCUCAGUACUUUCCAAAACUUGUAUGAUAGGGCAGCCAAUCUUUUUGUUGCUGCUAGCAGCUGAUGAUGUGGUGGCGGUAGCCCAGUUGGUAGCCAGUGUUCUGGGACAUUUGUGUCAAUAAAAGAAGCAGGUUUACUUAUUUCAGGGAGUUACCUGUUACUGAAGAUCUGCGUUGUCAUUUCCUGUCCACAGAAGUCAGUAGUGAUCAGAAGAUGAUAGAACAAAGUCCCAGUUCUGGGAAUGGAAGAAUGGUUGUCCCAAGAUCAAUGAAGACUGGAAAAAUUUGGGGGUUUUACCCACUAAUUCAAGGACUUGAGUUAACAGGCAGUGAGGAAAGCAAUGAAUGUUGCUGUGACGCUGUUCCUUUUUAUAUGAAUACAUAUUUGUGAAGUUAAUAUACUGUAUUUAAUUCAGAUAUUGUUUCAAUUUGAAAUUUAAUAAACUUUGUCAUCUAGUA